AUGGCGGCGGCUCUAUGGCUGCGGGAGGAGGCAGAGGGAUGGCAGCGGCUGCUGCGGGCCGUGACCCGCCUGCAGGCCUGUGUCAGGGGUUACCUGGUGCGGAAGCGGUUUCAGAGCCUGCAGGCAGCGUUCGAGGAGGUGGUUUUGGAGAUCGAAGGAGACCUGAGCCAGCUGCAGUGGAGGGGACGGCUCCUGCCCCGGCCCGUCUUCAUCCCCGAGGAGCCAGCCCAAGGGAAGUGUUCAAACCCACGGGAGGCUGCACCAAGUGACAAAGCCAGCACAGAAGAACCACAGAAGGAGCUGGAUGCUUCUGAGCCAGAGCAGGACCGGGGCUGCAGCAGCAUGAAUCCUACAGCCCAGCUGCUGAGUGAGAAGGGGCUGAGCCCCACGGCUGCAGGAGAUGCAGUGGCCCCUCUGAAUCUCGAGGCUGAUGCUGAUGAACAGCCUGAAAAGGGGUGCAGUGCCCCAGCUGGGAGCAAGGACUGGCAGAACGACAGCAACGUGUCCUCUGGUCUGGAGGCAGAGUCCCUUGGAGCCUGCCUGGAAAUUCCACUUGUGGACAUAAAGGAACUUCCUCAGACUCGCUCUGGUCUCCAGUCCUACCGGAACCACUUGGUCAUGGAGCUGCUGUGGUUGGAACAAGCUAUUGUCAGCCGUAAAAACUUCUUGACGUUGAAGCAGAGGCUGGGGGCUCCUGGAGGAGGCCAGUCCUGAGCAUAAGGGGCACUUGUAUUGGUGUGGAGAAGCUGUGGAGCUGCAGCACCAGCGUUGUGACAUGGCCUCGUGGACAGCAGCAGCUCUGGGGAGCUCCAGCUUUCUGGGUUGACGUUUGCCACUUCAGGUGAAUGCUGCCAGAAAGCCUUUUGUUUCUGUUAAAUGUGACUGUUUGGCCAAAGCAGGGGUUAGACAUCACUGUGAAGCCAGGAGGGGGUUGUGUGGCCUGGAGGGGUUCUCAGUGAGACCCCCUUCUACAAGAACCCUAUUUCUGUUGGCUGAGCUGGAUGGUCCUAGGGGCCAAACAAGGUUAGGAGGACUG